GUUGCUUUGUAGGCAUGACACCUGCUAAGAAACGUGCAGUAAAGGGGAAAGAAAAGGAAAAAGUUCCAACACCUAAGCAAGAGAAAGAUGGUGCAGUAAAGGGGAAAGAAAAAGAAAAAGUUGCAACACCUAAGCGAGAGAAAGAUGGUGCUUCUCCUGUGCCUGGAAAGCCGGAUAAGAGGCAUCGUAGUAAUACUAAUCGUAUUCUUGGCAUCAUGGAAGCUGACAGUACAAGUGAAGAAAAACUGCAGAUGCUUGAUCCUCUGGGUUUUAGGGGUGUGUCGAGGGUUAAGCUUACGAGACUCCCGGAUAAUUUUAUUGAAUGGCUUUGCAAAAGCUUUGAUGUGAGUUCAAGGUCUUUCCCGCUGCUACGGUCAGGGAAGUUUAGAAUUGGAGAGGCAGAUGUGGAGAGAGUCUAUGGUUUGCCGCGUGGACCGUAUGUUGUUAAGCUGGAUAUGUUCAGUGCAGCCCAGAGGCACAGGUGGGGAAUUGAGUUAGGGCUUUCCAAUACUAAGAAAGGAAAGGCGUCAUUGGCAAAUGUUAAACUGGCAUUGGAAGAGGAGAGGGACAAUAAGAAGUGGAGGGAUCUUUUUGUACUGUAUGCAAUGGAGGCAGUUCUGUGUCCCAGUGGAAAUUUGAAGAUUAACCUCUCCUAUGCUGGUUUUUUGCAAGAUGAAAUGGUUGCUGACUUCACCCAAUAUAAUUGGUGUAAGCAUGUGGCUGACCAUUUUAAUGACAGUAUGGUUGAAGUGGUUCAAUCAAAGUCAAAGUUCCCUGGUGACGUUCAUCUUCUUUUUAUUUCGAUUCUUGACCGUGUGAAGAACCCCCCUGAGCUGCCCAUACCGACCUGUAAGCAUAGGUCGUACAAAGUCGCAAGUGCUGCUUUUCAAGUACUGAUGGACGAAGGUCAUCUCAAUAUUGGUCAUCGAGAUGUAGUGAUGGAAGAAGCAACCUCCAGUCAACCAAUGGGACGAGAACGUGUGCUGGGUUCAAAGAGGAAAAGGCCGGUAGAUGAUCUUGAUAUGGUGAGGGAAGGGGAUCUUCCGAAGCUUCCCCAUCUUGACCUCAACUUGGAUGGUGUUCAUUCGGUUGAAGAAGCAUAUCAGUUGAAGAAUGACAUGGAAAGUUAUAAGAGGGCUUUGUUGAGGAUGGCUGCUCAUUACAGUUCGAGCAUUGAACAAGUUGAUGAUCAUAUAAAGAUGCUGGAGGGGCAGCAACCAGAGGAUAGUCCUGAAGAUAAUGUCGAUUUCACUGAUAGAGUUGAUGAUGUUUCUGUUGCUAAGGGAACCAAUGAUGUCGGUCGCAAUGCAUCUGCUGCCAAUGCUGAUGAUGAGACUGGUGCUAACAGUCCAAAGUCCCCGGGUCUUGAUGAUUUGUCAAUGGAGAUGGAUAAGGAUGGUGCUGGUAGUGUUGAUGUUGUGGUGCCAGAUGUUGGUCACAAUGAUCCUGCUGGCACUGCUAAUGAUGAUACCUCUCCUAAGGGAGUGUUAGAUUCGGAGGGACUUGAUGAUCAUCUUGAUAAUCUGACAAUGGAGAUGACACAAAAAAGUGUUGAUUCUGAGAAUGCUAAGAAGGUGAUGGAGAUGGACAGCUGUGAGGAAAAGGGACAAGGUGAUGAUGGAGAUGACAAUGUUGAUGCUGCUAAGUUGGAUAACUUGGUUGAGAAGGUCGUAAAGUCUGCUAUGGGGGAUGUUUGUGAAGAUGUGGUGGUUGAUGAGAAAAGGAAAGAAGCUGAUUCUGAGAAUGCUAAGAAGGUGAUGGAGAUGGACAGCUGUGAGGAAAAGGGACAAGGUGAUGAUGGAGAUGACAAUGUUGAUGGUGUUGAUGCUGCUAAGUUGGAUAACUUGGUUGAGAAGGUCGUAAAGUCUGCUAUGGGGGAUGUUUGUGAAGAUGUGGUGGUUGAUGAGAAAAGGAAAGAAGCUGAUGCCGGUGAGGUGCUUGAGGGUGGUGAUGGUCGUGGAGAUUUAACAUUGAGUCAGCUAGUUAGGGAGGGAAAGGUAAUUUGUUAUACAAAGAAAAAAUUUAAAGUGAAGAAUGCAGGAAGCUCAUCCGGUGUUGAUAUUGAUGUGUUGAAGGGUGCUGUGUUGCGAUAUGCAAGGGAUUCGAAUAACUUGAAGGAAAUCCUUUUCAGUCGCGUUGAUGGAUUCGAUUGCUUGUAUAGAAAGGACACAGAGACUUUGGCACAUGGGAAAUGAGUGAGUGUGGAUGUUAUUGACUGCUAUGCUGCCUAUCUGAAUCGGGAGCAAGUGAGAAGAGGGCAACUGAAAAGAUGGGUGUUCUAUUCAGGGCUGGCG